GGCGGUGCUGGCUGCAAUAAGCUGUGCUGGAAGAUUGAAGUUUUUGCGUUUCUGGUGGCAGUGGUGGCAGUGGUGGCAGUGGUGGCAGCUCUGCUAGCGUUUUGCUGCGCUUCCACGGAACUGUAUGUGGAAGCAAUACAAGGUUCUGCCCUGAAGUCUGAUGGAGCUGUAUCUUUGAUCCAACUCGCCAUCAGUGAUGGUGGCGCGGGAGCUAGUUGGCCAGCCCCGCGUGAAGAGGAUACCCUUCCUCAUGGCGACGCUGAUGCUGAAAGAUACUUCAGUUGGUGCGAUGGAAUGGAAUUGUUUUGGCCAGUGCUCCUUUCCUUGUCUCUUGGAUGGACCUUCGUAUACUUUGUCAUGAGCUUUAUGGCCAGAGGCGAGGAGCAAAAGGCAAUACUUGCCAUGAGCGUUCUCGCAGUCUUUGUUGAGAAUCUCUUAUAUUCCAGUGUGUUUGUGGAUAGUCUGGAUUUUGCCUACAACCUCAUGCAGAAUGAAGCUCAAUCUGGCUGGAUCGUGGGCAUUCACAAAAUGGGCACCAGCGUUGGCACGUUUCUGGUGUUCUGCAUGUUCACUAUGUAUCCAGAGAUUUGGCGCUACAGAGGUUUCACUGUGAUGCUAGUGGGAUUCUGCAUGCAAUGUGCUGGUGGCAUGGCUUUUGGCCUGUCUGGUCUGGCCAAUGUGUACUUGGGAACAACUGGAAAGCCUUUUGACAGGUUGGUGCUGGUGGCGCGUUUUCUGCAAGGGACUGGUGGUGGUUUGCAGGUGGCCUUCGGCUUGAUGCAAACUGCAAUGCUGCUCACGGGCUUGGAGCGAUCCAUUCAGAAUACACGUUUCUACUUGGGCGCGUGUUUGGGAAUGGGAACUGGUCCCCUCCUCUCCAGCUUGAGCACUUCAACUGCCCGACUGGCACACUGCCACACUCCACCAGGCUAUGAAGCCACCUUCGCAGUCUGUACGCUACUGCCUCUCAUACAAUUGCCCAUGCUGAGGCUAGCUCCAAAGCGAGUAGAACCAGGUGAAGAAAGCCCCAAAAGUGCUCCAGUUCCAUACAACUUCCAGCGAAUAGUGGUCAUAGUUCUGUGCGUUAUUUUGCAAGCAGUUCGUAGUUUCUGCAGCGCUGCUGUGGAGGCCGCAUUGUCCCAGCUGCUCUACACCGAAUACCAAUGGUCUCGCCGACAAACUGGUAUUGUGACAGCGGCAUUGAUGUUCACUAUGCUGCCAGCGCAAGUCUUCUAUGAGCAGCUUGGUCGAUACUUCUCUGUGAAUCGAGCGAUUCGCUUUCUUCUGCUCAUUGCCUUGGUGGGAAGUUCUUUGAACCUCUUUGACUCUCUGGUUGGGUUGAUCAGCGGAGCUUGUGUCGUUCUGCCUAGCUUGGCCUUGAGCAGCGGCCUCAUCAUGGGUACCAUGCAGGUGCACACCAUUCACGAGAGCUACAUCUUUGAUUUGAAUGGUACCACUUUGCUCUCCCUGAUCUUGAGCGACUUGUUCGGCCGGGGCGUUGGACCCAUCGCCGCACGACAAAGCAUCGCUUCAGGUGGGCAGCAUGGCUUUGGCGAGCAACAGCUCCUGGUGAGUGGAUUGUGUAUCGUCCUCUAUGACCCUUGGUGA